AUGGCAGAGCAUGGCUCCCACCACUCCUCUGCCUGGCAUUUGGGGAACCCAUCGAUUCACAACAGCCCCACAAUGUGCUCCCUGGAACAUGUGGAUCUGGGAAUGAGUGAACCACCGACUUCAUUGGAGCAGCCACCACCAUCCCCAGACCUAGGUGACAACGAUGAUGAUGCUGACGUGCCCCCACUGGACCCAAAUGUGCCCUAUCCUGAUUUGGCCCCCGUGGUUUUCUUCUGCCUAAAACAGACAACCAGCCCUCGUAGCUGGUGCAUCAAGAUGGUAUGCAAUCCCUGGUUUGAGUGUGUCAGCAUGAUGGUGAUCCUACUGAACUGUGUCACACUUGGAAUGUAUCAGCCCUGUGAUGAUAUGGAUUGCCUCUCCAACAGAUGUAAAAUUUUGCAAGUGUUUGAUGACUUCAUCUUUAUCUUCUUUGCUAUGGAAAUGGUGCUGAAGAUGGUGGCCCUGGGGAUAUUUGGCAAGAAAUGCUACCUUGGAGACACCUGGAACCGCCUGGAUUUCUUCAUUGUUAUGGCUGGGAUGGUGGAAUAUUCCCUGGAUCUCCAAAAUAUUAACUUGUCUGCAAUCCGCACUGUACGAGUACUGAGGCCCCUCAAAGCCAUUAACCGAGUGCCUAGCAUGCGAAUAUUGGUGAAUUUGCUCUUGGACACAUUGCCCAUGCUGGGGAAUGUUCUGCUUCUCUGCUUCUUUGUCUUCUUCAUCUUUGGCAUCAUCGGUGUGCAGCUGUGGGCUGGUCUACUGAGAAACCGCUGUUUCAUGGAAGAGAACUUGACAAUACAAGGCAACAUCACUCUUCCUCCUUAUUAUCAACCUGAGGAGGACGAUGAAAUGCCCUUCAUCUGUUCACUGUCAGGCGAUAAUGGUAUCAUGGGCUGUCAAGAGAUACCCCCCUUGAAAGAACGGGGCCACGAAUGCUGCUUGGACAAGGAUGACUACUUCUACUAUACCUCGGUCAGGCAGGAGUUCAACGUCAGUGGCAUGUGCGUUAACUGGAAUCAGUAUUACAAUGAGUGUCGUACAGGCAAUGCCAAUCCACACAAAGGAGCCAUCAACUUUGAUAAUAUUGGCUAUGCAUGGAUUGUUAUAUUCCAGGUGAUCACUCUGGAAGGGUGGGUGGAGAUUAUGUAUUAUGUGAUGGAUGCUCAUUCAUUCUACAACUUCAUUUACUUCAUUUUGCUGAUCAUUGUGGGCUCCUUCUUUAUGAUCAAUCUGUGCCUGGUAGUCAUUGCCACCCAGUUUUCAGAGACCAAGCAAAGAGAACACCAGCUGAUGCAAGAGCAGCGAGCACGAUAUCUGUCCUCCAGCACUGUGGCCAGCUACAUGGAACCAGGAGAUUGUUAUGAAGAGAUAUUCCAGUAUGUCUGCCACAUUGUUCGUAAAGCCAAGCGACGUACCCUUGGCUUCUACAACAGCCUGCAGGAUCACCGUCUCAGCCAAACAGAGCUGGGCACUGCCAAACAGAGUGUGAAUGGAAAAGACCAGAGGCAACAUACACGUUGCCGGAAACAUUCUUCUAUUGAUUAUAUGCCUCACGGACUUGGUCAGCCUAUUACCAAGACAUUGGCCUCUGAACCCAGCAACUGCCCAAAAUGUUACAAGAUCCAACAGGAAGCAACCCAAAGGCUUUCUGUGCUCGAUAGUGUCAAUUCGGAUCAGGAAGAUGGAGAGAAAGCCUGUGACAAAGAGGGAGAUGGAGGGAAAGGAGUCGUGGAGUCUAACACAGAUUUGGAAAAAGAAGAGGAUGAUGGAGAAGAGGGAGGACAGCUCAUACUUUGCAAUGACAUGUGGCAAGAAGUGAGAGUCAAAUUGAGGGGAAUUGUGGAAAGCAAAUACUUCAACCGUGGAAUCAUGAUUGCCAUCCUCGUAAACACCAUUAGCAUGGGCAUUGAGCACCAUGAACAGCCAGAGGAGCUGACAAAUAUUUUGGAAAUUUGCAAUGUUGUGUUUACCAGCAUGUUUGCUCUGGAGAUGAUUUUGAAACUUGCCGCCUUUGGUCUGUUUGAUUACCUUCGCAACCCAUACAACAUUUUUGACAGCAUUAUUGUCAUCAUCAGCAUCUGGGAGAUCAUAGGUCAGGCUGAUGGUGGCCUGUCAGUGCUGAGGACAUUCCGGCUAUUGAGGGUGCUGAAGCUGGUGAGAUUCAUGCCUGCCUUGCGGCGUCAGCUUGUGGUACUGAUGAAGACCAUGGAUAAUGUAGCAACCUUCUGCAUGCUCCUCAUGCUCUUUAUCUUUAUCUUCAGUAUCCUGGGAAUGCACAUCUUUGGUUGUAAAUUUAGCCUCAGAACUGACACAGGAGACACAGUCCCUGACCGGAAAAACUUUGACUCCUUGCUUUGGGCCAUUGUCACUGUAUUCCAGAUCUUGACUCAGGAGGAUUGGAAUGUUGUGCUUUAUAAUGGCAUGGCCUCAACAUCUCCAUGGGCAUCUCUUUAUUUUGUGGCUCUCAUGACCUUUGGAAAUUAUGUUCUCUUCAACCUAUUGGUGGCAAUCCUAGUGGAGGGAUUCCAGGCAGAGGGUGAUGCUAACCGGUCAUAUUCAGAUGAAGACCAGAGUUCGUCAAAUAUUGAAGAAUUUGACAAGUCCCAGGAUAGUUCAGAUCCAAAGCUUUGUGCAAUUCCCAUGACCCCAAAUGGACAUCUUGACCCCAGCCUUCCUUGUCUCAACCAGCCUGGGGCAACUGCAGGAAUGAUGAAUCCAUCUCGCAGUACUCUGCAAUCAGACAUCCUCAUGGCCCUCGAAUCCAGAAAAAGCAGUGUGAUGUCUUUAUCCAGCUCCCGUAGCUCUCACCAUGGACCUCGGAAUCAUGGUGGAGGCUGGGGAAGCCGACGUUCCAGUUGGAACAGCCUUGCUCGAGGUCAUAGCCUCAAACACAAGCCUUCUUCAGCUGAACAUGAAUCCCUUUUAUCUGGGGAACGGCACAGGAUAACAGAGGCAGAACGAGAAAGGCCGGUAAUUUACCAUCAUCGACGGACAUUUUCUUUGGAUACCAAAGAUUCCUCUGAACUGGAGUUGGCUCCAGGAGUUGCAUCCGGUCACAAACCAUCAUGGAAGAUAGGAGUGACUAUAGGGCCAAACAAGCAUCAGGACUGCAAUGGUAAAAUGCCAUCUAUCGCUAAGGACAUCUUCCCGGAAAUGAACAAUCGGAAAGACCAUGGAGAAGAUGAGGAAGAGAUAGAUUAUAGCCUGUGUUUCCGUAUAAAGAAGAUGAUAGAGGCCUACAAGCCAGACUGGUGUGAGUUGCGGGAAGAUUGGUCCAUCUAUUUAUUCUCACCAGAAAACAAGUUUCGCAUUCUUUGCCAAACUAUCAUUGCUCAUAAGCUAUUUGAUUAUAUUGUCCUGGCCUUCAUUUUCUUGAACUGCAUCACUAUUGCCUUGGAAAGACCUGAGAUUGAACAGAGGAGCACAGAGAGAAUCUUCCUCACAGUAUCCAAUUACAUCUUCACAGCAAUCUUUGUUGCUGAGAUGACACUGAAGGUAGUCUCUCUUGGUCUGUAUUUUGGAGAACAGGCCUACCUACGCAGUAGUUGGAAUAUCCUAGAUGGCUUUUUGGUGUUUGUAUCCAUUAUUGAUAUAGUGGUUUCAGUAGCUUCUGCUGGAGGAGCCAAAAUCCUGGGUGUGCUACGAGUCCUCCGACUGCUGCGCACUUUACGCCCCCUCAGGGUCAUCAGCCGUGCUCCAGGCCUGAAGCUGGUGGUUGAAACCCUCAUUUCAUCACUCAAGCCUAUUGGAAAUAUUGUCCUCAUCUGCUGUGCUUUCUUUAUAAUCUUUGGAAUUCUUGGAGUGCAGCUUUUCAAAGGAAAAUUCUACCAUUGCCUGGGUGUUGAUAUCCGAAAUAUCACAAAUAGGUCAGACUGCAUGGCUGCCAAUUACAAAUGGGUGCAUCACAAAUAUAACUUUGACAAUCUGGGCCAGGCUUUGAUGUCACUCUUUGUUCUGGCUUCCAAAGAUGGCUGGGUCAAUAUUAUGUACAAUGGACUGGAUGCUGUGGCAGUUGACCAGCAGCCAGUGACCAACAACAACCCUUGGAUGCUCCUUUACUUCAUUUCUUUCUUACUCAUCGUCAGCUUCUUCGUGCUCAACAUGUUUGUAGGGGUGGUGGUGGAGAAUUUCCACAAGUGUCGGCAACACCAAGAAGCCGAAGAGGCCCGGAGGCGGGAGGAAAAGCGCCUGAGGCGCCUGGAGAAGAAGCGUAGGAAAGCACAGCGCUUGCCGUACUAUGCCACCUAUUGCUCUGUCCGCCUCCUCAUCCAUUCAGUCUGCACCAGCCACUACUUGGACAUCUUUAUCACCUUUAUAAUAUGCCUCAACGUCGUCACCAUGUCUUUGGAGCACUACAACCAACCGAUGUCCCUGGAGACUGCUCUUAAGUACUGCAACUAUAUGUUUACUACAGUCUUUGUUUUGGAAGCAGUUUUGAAGCUUGUGGCCUUUGGACUGAGACGCUUUUUUAAAGACAGGUGGAACCAGCUGGAUCUGGCUAUUGUUCUGCUCUCAGUCAUGGGUAUUACUCUGGAGGAGAUUGAAAUCAAUGCUGCCCUUCCUAUCAAUCCCACCAUCAUCCGUAUCAUGAGAGUGCUUCGUAUUGCCCGAGUUCUGAAGCUUUUGAAGAUGGCAACUGGGAUGAGAGCUUUACUGGACACUGUAGUGCAAGCACUGCCACAGGUUGGGAAUCUUGGACUGCUCUUCAUGCUCCUUUUUUUCAUCUAUGCUGCUCUAGGAGUGGAGCUUUUUGGAAAACUUGUAUGCAAUGAUGAGAACCCAUGUGAAGGAAUGAGCCGUCAUGCCACUUUUGAGAACUUUGGGAUGGCCUUCCUCACACUUUUCCAGGUCUCCACUGGUGACAACUGGAAUGGAAUUAUGAAGGACACACUACGUGACUGCACUCAUGAUGAUCGGAGCUGCCUGAGCAACCUGCAGUUCAUCUCUCCACUCUACUUUGUUAGCUUCGUGCUCACAGCCCAAUUUGUCCUCAUCAAUGUUGUAGUAGCUGUCCUCAUGAAGCACCUAGAUGACAGCAACAAGGAGGCACAAGAGGAUGCAGAAAUGGAUGCUGAGAUUGAGCUUGAGAUGGCACAUGGAUUGUGCCCCCAUAGCACAAGCUCACUGAAUCCUGGACAAGAUGGAGGAGGUGGGAGAAAGGACUCUGAAGGACAUCUGUGCAUGACAUGUUACUCUCCAGCACAGGAGAACUUAUGGCUGGACAGUGUGUCUUUAAUAAUUAAAGACUCCUUCGACGGGGAGUUAAUGAUCAUCGAUAACCUAUCGGGCUCCGUCUUCCAUCAUUACUCCUCGCCGGCCAUGUGCGAGAAGUGUAACCAUGACAAGCAAGAGAUCCAGCUGGCUGAAAUGGAGGCCUUGUCGCUCAAUUCUGAUAAGUCUUCUAUCCUGCUAGGAGAUGAUGGAGAUAGCUCCAAUAUUGACCAGCCAAGCCCUAAGGAAACAAAGGAUGGUGAAGACAGUCCUAACUCUACAAGGAUUACAGGCUUGGAAGAAUGUCUCUUCCCUUUAACAAAUACAGGACCUUCUCUGCCUCCAGAAAGCUACCUGUAUGAAAUGGAAAAAAUCCCUUUCAGUCGAGCCCAAUCUUGGCUAAAGAAUGAAACUAACCAAGGAACCCCCCUUGUUUUCUUCUGUCCAGAUGCAGCCCAUCCUCUGUUGCCAGUGCAAACAGAGUUUUUUCUCCCAGCUGUUUCUGCCAAACUGUCAAGUCAGGAGAAAGUAUCUUGUCCAGAGAACCUUCCUAAAAUCUCUCUGCAGGCUUCCUGGGCCUCGCUGCAAUCUCCAAAUGCAAACUCCUCACUUAUUCACCAGACCACAGAGAGUGACACUUCCUUUGAUGAUGGCAGAAGCAAUAGCUCAGAAGGCAGCUUGCAAACCACCCUGGAGGACAGUUUAAACCUUAGUGACUCACCCCAGUGCACACUAGAUCUCCCAGUAGCAUUAUGCCCAGUGCCAGCAGCCACUCAAAAAGCGUUGGUGGUACCACUUUCCCCUGCCUCUCGAAGGCAGAGCAUAAGGGGCCGUGGCAUCUUCACUCUUCAGAAUAUCAGGAGGCACCAGCGGAGCCACAGCAGUGGAGGAAGCACUAGCCCCGGUUGUACUUAUCAUGACUCCAUGGACCCUUCUGAUGAGGAAGGGAUAGGGAGCAGCCUAAGGGGAGGAGGCAACAGCAGUGAGCAGUCAGAGACCCUCAGCAGUUUCUCUCUGACGUCUCUCUUUGUACCACCUCCUCCAUCCCAAGCUCUGGCACUCGUGAAGAAGUGUAACAGCACCAGCAGUCUCCAUGCCAACUCUUCUUCACGGGGUUCUGCCGCAAAUGAAGCCAAGCCGUUCUACUCAGUUGACCCAAGGGGGUUUUUAUCCAUGCCCUCUUGGGUGACAGACUUCUGCAAGAACAGCCCUUCUCCGAGAGAGGGUGAUAUACCAGAGGGCUUAGACAGAAUUGGGACUCCAGACCACAGCUCCCCAGUUCCUUCUGAGCUGCAGCUGGGGAGCAGAAUCAGCAAGAGACAUAGAUGAGUCUCCCUGCGGCAGGGAAGAAGAGUGAAAUGUGAAAGAGGCCUGCUCUGGCUGCCACUUCGUAACAGCAGAGGACUGUGGAAAGGGAAACAAGCAACCACACAAAAUAUAAAUAUGUAUGUCUGUAUGUGUGCACGUGUGUAUGUGUGUCCGCUUGUGUGUAUGUGUGGAAAACCAGACUUUUGUACCAUACCUCAGAGACUUGAGAGAGUGAUAGCAAUAUGAGAACAUCCCACAUUUGCAGGGGACCACAACCUCUGCAAAGACG